AUGGUCAGGGACUACGACAUCUCCAACAACGAAAAACAGUUCGUGCUGGCAGCCUUGGAACAGAACAUCCGACUGGAUGGCCGCAAGCUGCUCCAGAUGAGAGAUGUCCAGAUCUCUGUCUCCCGUGAUGAGUAUGGGUAUGCUGAGGUGAGCCUGGGGAAGACCAAAGUUGCCUGUCGGGUCACGGCAGAAAUCACCAAACCGUACGAGGAUCGUCCGUUUGAUGGGAUUUUUCAAAUUAGCACAGACAUAUCGCCCAUUUGCUCGCCGUUCUUUGAGAGCGGGCUAACCACAGGAAGUAAACAAUCGAACGACGAGAUAUUAAUAUCCAGACUUAUUGAGAAGGCUGUGCGACGUUCCGGAGCGCUUGAUCUUGAAAGUCUCUGCAUAAUUGCUGGUUCCAAGUGCUGGGCUGUCCGUGCGGACUUGCAAUUUCUGAAUUACGACGGGAAUUUCAUUGAUAUCUCGUCUAUCGCUGUGAUGGUAGCAUUGCUACAUUUCCGUAAACCUGACAUGGAGAUCGAUGGAAACAACGUUAUUCUAUUUGACGAGGACCAGAGAAAUCCAGUUCCGCUUUCAAUACUGCACAUUCCGCUGUGUUUCACGUUCCAGUUCUACAACCCAAACGACAAUGAGGAGAAUAUAAAAGGAAACCUGAACAACGAGUUGAUCUUGUUGGAUGCAAACCUGAUAGAGGAACGACUCAGCCUGGGCUCCAUGACGCUCACUAUCAACAAGAACAAGGAACUUUGUCAGAUGGUGAAAUGCGGAGGCCUCAACAUCGAUGCCAGCAUGAUUAUGAACUGCUGUCAGCAUGCCAGUAAUUUGGUGGACGGUCUUACAAGAAAAAUCAACGACGUGAUAAGCAAAGAUAACGAGCUUCGCAAGAACCCUGUUGAGAAAGAACUACAGGUGGUCAACAAAAGAGAAACUUAAAUAAUGUGCAAAUCUACUUAUUCUGCUCUUCUCUCCCAUUCAAUCUCAGCUGGCUCUUCAGGAAGAGUCACCAUAGAAGAGUAAUCAACUUUAGGAAGCUUGCUGGUCCACCUGAAUGUUUGAAUGAAGGUGACCAGAAUUGUUCCCAGCUGAGUGUAUGCAAAUUGCUCACCAAUACACCUAUGUCUUCCACCUCCAAAUGGCAGAUAUGGCGAGGAAACGCCCUUUGAAAUGGUGCCGAAUCCGUAGUCCACUGUGUCUGAAUCGGACGAUCCAGCGUUUUGAGACACAUCCCAUCUGUGGGGCUCGAACGUGUUGGCAUUGGGGAAGUAUUUUUCGUUUGUCAUGGCGAAGCCUGGAGAAACAAGCACGUAAUGGCCCUUUGGAACAAUCAUCUUGGUGUCUGGCACUUGCAAUGGGUUCAGCACUUUUCUGAAAAUCGAGUGCAAAGGCAUGUGCAAUCUCAGUGUCUCCUUGAUGGUGUUGUUGACCAAAGUAAGGUGCUGCAGGUCCUCGUAGGUGACCUCUUUUCUGUCGCCAAGAACGGACUUGAUCUCAUUGUACAGCUCUUCCUGCAAAUCUGGUCUCUCACCAAGAUGGAGUAGGAACCACGACGAGGUGGAGGCAGAAGUGUGCUGACCUCCCAUCAAAACGCCAAUCAGCAGGUUAGCAAUUUCUCUUUCAGUCAUGGUCGUGCCGUCCUUGUAUGUAGAGUUUUUCAUCAAGGCGUCAACUAAAUCUCUGUCUUGGAUAUCAUUCUCCUGCUUCCGUUUGUUAAUCAGUUUCAUGUAUGUGCUCGAAAUAAUGUUGUGUGCUUCGUCUCUUCUCUUGUAUGAAGGGAGCGGCAAAUUAGGGAACACAAAGUUGAUCGGCGUGAAUCCUUUGUCAAGGUCGGAGUACAGCUUAGCAAAACCAGUGUUGAGCAUGUUUCUCAUUUCUUCACCAAGCAAGGUUCUCGAGGCCGUGAAGAUGGUGAUUUCCGGCUGAGACUUCAGGACGUUAACUUUGCCCUUUUUGCCCCUAAACUGGCUCUCAGAAUUCACGUAGUUAAGAACCUCUUCUCUGAUUAGUGGGACGUACUUGAUGAACGAAUCCUUGGUCAAGGCCACUUUGGCGAAUUUUUUUUGCUCCAUCAGCUUCCAGUUUGGGCAGUCGUAAAUCACCCCUUUUCCAAACACAGGCGUAGUCAGAUGGGUGUACGCCUCUUCUGCAGAAACGUCAUUCAGUUUGGCGUUCAAAAUGAACUCGUGGCCCUUCGGACCAAGAUACACAGUCAUGACCUUUCCCAACAACAAGAAGGAGAAACAGUCACCGUAUUUCUGCUGACACUGGGCAAAAAACUCAUACGGUUGCAUACCGUACGGGAUGGCAGAUCCCAGCCAAGGGAUCCAGUAAAAAACGAGAGGCACUCUAUCGUUUCUCAGGGAAUAUAAUAAUUGCCAAACAAUAGAGUAGAGGAAAGGCAGAGCAACCACAAUCAUGAUCUUCUGAGCCGUGCUCAGCGCCAAAAUAACGUCAAACACGUACAUUCCGGCGCUCUGAACUUCCUGAAUCAAAGCAGCGGUUCCAGACAUGGCCUAAAACGAACGAUG